CUCACUGUAGCUUAGUUACCGCUUUCACUUUAGCAUCACCGUCUGCAUUCAUCCAUCACCAUGUACAGAGCAAUGAUUGUUGUCCUCUGUUCACUGUUCUUACUUCAGUCAUGUGUGCAAGGGAUGUCCCUAUGGGGGAAGAGGCGCUGUUUGUGCAAGGGGUCUGGUGCCAAUUCUGUGGACAUUAAGCAGAUCAAGACAUUGAAAGUAUUUCCACCAAGUUCCAAGUGUGAGAAAAUGGAAAUCGCUGUUACAUUAAAGCAUGGGACAAGGGCAAUAUGCCUCAAUCCUCACUCCAGAAUGGGGAAGAAACUUCUUGAACUUGCAAAGAAAAAAUCAUCUGGAGAGUAAAGAGGAACAAGAUGACAGUAAUGUCUAUUCUACUCAAUAUAAUCCAAUGCGAAUACGGGCUUUAACUAACAUAACCAUCCCUUUUCAACCAUAUUAUCUAUUUGACUCCUAAUCCUUCCUUAAAAAGGUUGUCGAGGAUUAUAAAAACAUGGCUGCUUUCUUCCAGAAACAGUGCCACGCAUGUCCACAGGCUAUGUGUGUGGCAUUGCAGUUCAGCCUAAUUCACUUCAAUAGAGCUAAGUUGCAAUACUAGACACAACCAGUGAGCAGGAGUGGCGCUGUUUCUGGCAGGUGCUUGGCAUAAUGUCCUAAUCAUGCACAACAUCUUGAAAGGGGUAUUCCUGCCUAAAGCAUUAAUCACCUAUCCAAUGGCCGGAGAGGGGGCCCAACCACUGGCGCUGUACUGAGCUAUUCCCAUCAGUGCCAUAGACUCUGCAUAGAUCGGCAGGCUUAAAAAAACUAUUCCAUUCCAUAGCAGCAGUCUUGCACCUGGGGGGGUCCCAGCCCUUGGACCCUCGACUGAUCUAGAAUUCAUCCAAUUUAUAGGACAUAAAUGUUCAUGUCUGGAAUACUCUGUGAAGGUUGAGUAGUCAAAAAGUAAAUGAAAAUGUCAAACAUGUAACCACUGCUUAUAUCUACUAAACUUGUAUUCUAUACAAUAAAUGAACACAGCAUAAUACAAGGCAA